AUGUCUUGUCUUCGGGUGAAUGCGUGCAGACAUCCGGACGCUUGCGGUAAAGACACCGAUGGGCUCAAGACAUUGAGUGAGGAUUUGGUACACUAUAUGAUGCGAUCAAGAGUAAACGAUAAACGCGUUGAACAGCGCAUGCGCUCAACAGAUGGCACCACACGUGCAGUAGUACUGCAACUGCACUACUGUUUCACAAGUUGUGGUCAAAAGUUUAGGUUUGGGUCAAAGCAAAGGAUUAUCUUCACAUUUGAUCCAAUGGUUGGCUUAAGUAGAGAUCGUUUUCCCGACCUAUUGGUGGAUCCGAUGAAACUCUUGGUCGAAGAGUUGACGUGCGGUAUCUGUCAUCAGAUCUAUGAUAAUCCGGUGGAAACCCAUUGUCGACACACGUAUUGUUUGCAUUGUCUCAAAGAGUUGGUCUCAAAACACGGCCAGAAGUUGUGUCCCGAAUGUCGCAAAUCGUUGACCACUCGGAAGAGGACUCAGAGCGCCAUCAAUGAUAAUAAUGUGGUUAUUAUUAACGGCAAUGUAAUCGUCGACAAGAAUGGCAAAGUCAAUGCAAUGGUCGGCAAAUUGCGGACCAAAUGUGACUUUGAGGCCAAAGGGUGUCCUAAUGUUUGUCCAUUGGAGUCAUUGCCCGCACAUCUGAAGAUCUGUCCCUUUAAGAAAUGCGAGACUUGCGGACAACCUCUUGAAGCGACGAAUCAAUUGCUUGAAUGGAAAGACAAAUAUAAGAAUUUGGAUAAAGAGAAGAAAUUAUUGGCAGAAAAGAUGAGACAAUUGGAGACAAAAGUGAAGGAAUCGGAGGAAAAGACAUUGAAAUUAGAGUCGGAAUUGAAACGAAAGGAUACUUCACACAAAUCAAUGGUUCAGAAAUACGAAGAAUUGGAGAAAUCAUUGAAAACACCGGACUUUGGUAUCGAUUUUGUGAUUCGGUUGACAUCAGUACCCAAUUUAGUAAUGUUAGGCAAAUGCACGGCAAAUGUCGGGUCCGUUGAGUUCAGUGAAUACGGCAUCGCUUUGAACAAUGUUUUGCCGAAUGGCUGUCAAACCGAAAGCAUUGAUAGAUUAUAUAUGCCGUACGAACGCAUUCAAAGGCUGUACUCUUGUGUCUCUGUAAUGCCCUCACUAUCAAUGCUUUGCAUUAAACCGCGAAAUCCGAGCGAACAUGAUCGCUUUCCCGAUCUGUCGACCGAACCCAUGAAACUGAUAGCUCAAGAGUUGACGUGUGGUAUAUGUCAUCAGAUAUACGAUAAUCCGGUGGAAACUUAUUGCAAACACACGUAUUGUUUGCAAUGUCUUCAAGAGUUGGUCACAAUUUACGAUCAGAAGUCAUGUCCCGAAUGUCGCAAAUCGUUGACCACUCGGAAGAGGACUCAGAGCGCCAUCAAUAACAAGGAUGUGGUGAUCAUUGAUAGCAAUGUAAUCGUCGAUAAGAAUCGCAAAGUGAAGGCAAUGGUCGGUAAAUUGCGGACCAAAUGUGACUUCGAGGCCAAAGGGUGUCGUACUGUAUGUCCAUUGGAGUCAUUGCCCUCACAUUUAAAUAUGUGUCGAUACAAGACAUGCAACACUUGUGGUCAGUCUAUGGACGCGAAGAAGGAAUUGAUUGAAUGGAAAGACAAUUACAAACUUCUGGAAAAUGAGAGCAAAUUAUCGGCAGAAAAGACGCGACAAUUGGAGAAGAAAGUCGAAGAAUCGAUGGAAAAGGCGUUUGAUUUUGAGUUAAAAUACACUUCAGAUCGAAAUGAAUGGCAAACGAAAUGCAAUGAAUUGACAGAAAGAGCUCAAGAAUUGGAGACAAGAAAUAAGGAAUUGGAGGAAAAGGCACUGAAUUUGGAGUCAAAUUGUAAUUUAGUUUCGGACAGAACUGAAUGGCAAUUGAAAUGCAAUGAAUUGACAGAAAUUGCAAAUGAAUUGCUAACAAAAGCGAAAGAAUCGGAGAAAAAAGCAGUGGAUUUGGAGUUAAAAGUCACUUCAGAGCGAAACGAAUGGCAAACGAAAUGCAAUGAAUUAACACAAAAGACCACAGAAUUGGAGAAAACACUCAAAGAAUGUGAAGACAAAGUUGAGUCGAAAGAGAGACAAAACGAUAGUUUAAGCAAAGAAUGGCUGAAGAAAUACAAUCAAUUGGAAAAUAGUCGCAAACAAUUAGUUCGCAAAUACGAAGAAUUGGAGAAAUCACUGAAAACACCAGAAGUUGGCGUAGAGUUUGUGAUUCAGUUGACAUCAGUACCCAAUUUAGUAAUGUUAGGCAAAUGUAACGCAAGCGUCGGUUCUGUUGAGUUCAGCGAAUACGGCAUCGCUUUGAACAAUGUUUUGCCGAAUGGCUGUCAAACCGAAAGCAAUGAUAGAAUAUACCUGUCGUAUGAAUACAUCCAAUGUCUGUACGCUUGUGUCUCUGUCUGCCCCUUACUAUCACUGCUUUGCAUUAAACCAAACGGUAAUCAAAUCCGAGCGAAAAAUGCGAUGAAAGAAGUAUUUUUGGUACUAUUGAGACAUAAAUGUCGUAAUAAUCGUGAGUUUGAAUACAAGACAAUUGAUUUAAAGACCGGACGACUGAUGUUAAAGGGAGCUAAGGGUGCGAUCAAUUGA